AUGAUAAUUUUUAAGAGGAAAGGAGAAAGUGGGAAGAGCUUGAAGCCGAUCGUGGUGGCUUCGCCCUUUGUGGGGGAUUUUUAUCAGAGAUGUUUUGGAGGGAAUAAAAAGAGUGAAGUAAAUGAAUUUCAGAGGAGUUUGCUUUCAAAAUCUACGCUAAAUUCUACAAGCUUGGCUUUGAAUCAAGAGAUGUCAAAUUCAUUGUCGACAAACAAAAAAGACCAAGAAGAAUGUAAGGAUGAGCCAUCUAAAAUUAAAUCAGAGUUCAUACCCUUUCAGAUCCUAAAAUUAGAAGAGAUGAAGCCUCAUCUUCUUAAGACUUGGAAGAGGGAUGAAAAGUACAACUCAGAUGGAACUUUAAAGAAAAGCAAGGGUAGGAAAAGGAUAAAUGUGCUGGAGUUCGAAAAUUUGUUCGAACUUAUCCACCAACAUGUUAUCCCUCAAUGGAAAAAGUACUUGGUCAUUAAGUCUGUCAAGACUUAUAAAAAUAACGACCAGAAUCCUAGGAGCGAUAUUUUAUGGAAGAAAAUAAUUAGAGACGUCAGAGAAUUUUAUCGUACUCUCUUCAGGAUGAGAUUUCAUUACCUUGAUUAUAAAGACCUGGAGUCAGCAAGAAAAUGUGUUAAUAUUUUAUUCGAAGAGAUUGGAAUUCCAAUAGAGCCAGAAUACUUCGAAGAUCCUUCCCUGUUUACUUUCUUACAUCAGACUCACAAAGGAACUGAAAGCCGUUUGUUUUCAGACCCUGAAAAUGAAGUCUGGUUGUCUCCCUUUAAGGUGAUUGAAAAGUUCAAUAGCUCUUUUAAGAAAUCUUUCAUGAGCGACAAACUAUGAGCAAGACUGUUUUACUUUGUAUACGCAAAUUAUGUCGAAGAAUACACUGAACUGAUCAACCCUAAAUAUAAAGAAGAUCUCUCCUCAAUUAUUUGCUUAAUCCUCAAAUGCUACACCAAAAUGACUGAAUAUAAUCAGUUGCCAAGGGUAAACUUUCUAUCAAUGUAGCAACAGAAGUAUUUAUCAUCAAGAAUAAAUAAUUGAGUCCUAUACUUUCUUUCAUCUUCAUUUAUA